GUCUUUGAACCAACAGGCGCUACAACGAUGGCAUUUCUAGCACUACUCUUCCUGUCAUUGUGUGGAGUCUUCACACAAACCUACGCAGCGAAUUAUCGCGUAACCGUGGACACCGGAAACGUGGACAGUGCCGGAACCGAUGCUAAAGUUUCUCUCACCAUUAUCGGAAACCGCGGACGUACAGAACAGCUCGAACUGCCUGAAGACGCACAGAAGAGUAAGUUCGAGCGGGGCAACACGAAUGACUUCGAUGUAUCCUCGAGUGCUAACGUUGGAACUAUUACAAACAUCAUAAUUGGACAUGACAAUUCUGGCGUUAGACCUGGCUGGUUCCUUAACACAGUAAGGGUGAGAAAAGUGUUUACCACAGCAGAAGCUGCAGAGAUUUUAGAGUUUGUGAAAGCGCGUGGCGGUUCUCACAAAAGUGGAACUUGCUACCGUCGAGGGGACGAGGUGUACGGUGUAGUUUACAAUGACUUGUUCAACGGGAAAGGGCUUGCCAAGACCCCAGCCUAUGUUGAGUAUGAGUUCAACUGGAAAAACUGGAUCGCUGCUGAUGAGCUGGACCGCACCUUAGAAAAAACUCUUGACGUCUCCAAGAAAACAGUGGGGUUCUCUAGUGCUUAA